GCAGAUAAAAGAAUAAAUCAUGGAUCAACAUUAGUGAUUCAUGGUGGUGCAGGAAUAAUAGACCGUAAGGAUUUCCCAGAAAGCAAGCAAAAAGAAUAUCUUGAUGCAUUGAAAAAAGCACUUUUAGCUGGGCACGAAAUAUUGAAGGAAGGAGGAAGUUCUAUUGACGCCGUUGUAGCUUCUGUAAAAGUUAUGGAAGAUUGUCCAUUUUUCAAUGCUGGUAAAGGAUCUGUAUUUACUAUAAGUGGCAAGAAUGAACUGGAGGCAUCAAUUAUGCAAGGAGUCGACUCCCACGCGGCUGGUGCAUGUACAUUACUCAGUACAAUCAAAAAUCCAAUAAUUCUAGCUAAAACUCUUCUUCAGGAUCCUGAAAAUCCACAUGUGUUCCUUGGAGGAAUUGAAGCCGAAAAGUAUGCAAAAUCGAAAGGAUUAGAAAUAGUAGAUCCGGGUUAUUUUUGGACAAAGCAUAGAUGGAAGCAACAUUUAGAUGAAUUAGAAAAUAAAAAGCCGAUGCAACCUGAAAAUUUAAGAAUGAUAAAUAAUCUCAAUAAUGGCGAUUCACGUGAUGUAUGUGAUGCAGCUGACCCGAGUCCGAUAGGAACAGUUGGAGCUGUUGCGGUUGAUAUAAAUGGGAUCAUUUCUACGGCCACAUCUACGGGCGGAUUCAAUAAUAAAAAAGAUGGUCGUAUCGGUGAUACACCACUUAUAGCAUGUGGAACGUGGGCUGAUAAUGAAACGUGUGGUGUCAGUGGUACUGGAAACGGCGAAUUUUUCAUUCGUCAUAGUGUUGCCUAUGAUGUGGCAGCGCGAAUGAAAUAUCUUGACGAAAGUGUGCAAGACGCGACCUCCAAGGUCAUCGAGAAUUUGUCAAAAGUUGGUGGUUAUGGUGGUGUCAUUGCAUUGGAUAAAUACGGAAAUUUUGCCAUGCCUUUCAAUACCGAUGGAAUGUUCAGAGGAUAUAUUCGUGUUUCUGAAAGUAUUCCAUAUGCUUAUAUAUUCAAUGAUGAUAACUUAAACAAAGAACUAGUUGUGAAAUUUAGAAAUUGA